AUGGCCGAUAACGAUAAUACGCCGCUUUCGCCCGUCAAAGGUGUUCCGAAAAUGGAUUCUCAUCGAUCAAGUAACACGGGUAGAUCCCAAUCGCAGGGAAAAACAAUUCCUCGACGUACGCGCGCGAGGCGAUGCAAUCGUAGGUCGGGCGAAUUCUGCCAAAGCAGCAGGUGCAGCCUUCUUUCGAGCGCGCCGGACGUAGGGGUAGAGAUCGUCCCAACGCCAUCUUCGCGAUACGCUUGGGGAGGAGAACGGGGGGGGGGGGAUAUAAAUGAUACUCAUAACUUCACGAUAAAUUCCGCCGUCACAAUAUUUAUCAACGGAUCGUCUCGAGCAUCAUCGUAG